AUGGCCGAAAAUCCUAUCUAUGGACCCUUCUUUGGAGUUAUGGGGGCGGCGUCUGCUAUCAUUUUUAGUGCCCUCGGAGCAGCUUAUGGCACGGCCAAGUCAGGAACGGGUAUUGCCGCCAUGUCGGUGAUGAGGCCCGAACUGAUCAUGAAGUCCAUCAUUCCCGUUGUCAUGGCGGGUAUCAUUGCCAUCUACGGGCUGGUCGUAGCUGUACUUAUUGCUGGUUCUUUGGAAGCACCAGCCAACUACCCCUUGUUCAGAGGGUUCAUCCACUUGGGAGCUGGUCUCGCCGUAGGUUUCUCGGGUCUGGCCGCCGGUUUCGCCAUAGGCAUCGUGGGUGAUGCCGGAGUCCGCGGUACUGCUCAACAACCCAGGCUAUUCGUCGGAAUGAUUCUUAUCCUCAUUUUCGCUGAAGUGUUGGGUUUAUACGGUCUCAUCGUAGCCAUCUAUCUUUACACGAAACAACAG